UGUAAUGCCAACUGCUGGUCAUUGUUUUCACCUACAGGAAAAACAAAUGACCAACAAAAACAACUAACAGUACAAAAGAUAGUCCUACAUUUCUACCUCAACAGCAACGAGAAUUCAUGGCUACCUCUUGCCUCUCUCGCCUCCUCCUCUUUUCCUUCUUGCUUCUCGACCCUUUUCCAUCCGCAGCCAACAUUCACAAAGCCAACAAUCUCCUCUUUACUGAACCAAUCUCUAUACUUUCUUCAAGUCACUCCACAAACCCGCCAACACCCACUGUUUACUUUGAAGUUACAAAACCAAUUCAUGUCCCUAAUACAAAACCUUGCAUACACACCGUUCUCCAGCAUGAUUUUGGCUACACAUAUGGCAAAUCUCCUGUUCUCGCCAAUUACACCCCUCCUUCUCACUGCCCAUCUCAACAUUUCUCCAAGAUUAUCCUUGAAUGGAAUGCUACUUGCAAAGGUCGACAAUUUGAUCGCAUUUUUGGGGUUUGGCUGGGAGGUGUUGAGCUUCUCAGAAGCUGCACUGCUGAACCAAGAGCUACUGGGAUUUUUUGGUCUGUCCAGAAGGAUAUAACAAGGUAUUAUUCAUCACUGCUUAAGGAUGAGACUCAAGAAUUAGCUGUUUAUCUUGGUAAUCUUGUUGAUAGUACAUAUACUGGGGUUUACCGCGUUAAUGUAACUCUUUAUUUUUAUCCUGCUGAAGAUAAAUCGAGUUAUAACGAGAAUAGUUUAUUGGAUCAUUUUAAAGCUAGACAUGAUUCCAAGGCUGAUUUGAUCCUACCCAUUUCGAGAGAUCUUCCAUUGAAUGAUGGGUUAUGGUUUCAAAUUCAGAAUUCUACUGAUACCCAAUUGAAAGAAUUUGAGAUUCCUCCAAAUGUUUAUAGGGCUGUAUUAGAGGUUUAUGUUUCUUUUCAUGAAAAUGAUGAAUUUUGGUAUUCCAAUUAUUAUAAUGAGUAUAUUAGUGCGAAUAAUCUUACGGGUUCGCCUGGAAAUGGUCCUUUUAGGGAGGUUAUAGUUAGUCUUGAUGGAGAGGUUCUUGGUGCAAUUUGGCCUUUUACUGUGAUUUAUACUGGUGGAAUCAAUCCUCUCCUGUGGAGACCUAUUACUGCCAUUGGUUCCUUUGAUCUCCCGUCUUAUGAUCUUGAAAUGACUCCACUUUUAGGGAGUGUAUUAGAUGGAAAGACCCAUAAGUUAGGUUUUAGUGUCACCAAUGCUUUGAAUGUUUGGUAUAUAGAUGCAAAUUUGCAUCUUUGGUUGGACCAUAAGAGCAAAAAGAUCGAAGGGAAGGUUUUGAAACAUGAGGGUAAGCCUCUUGCUUUUUCAUUGAUAUCAAAUUUCAAAGAUUUGAAUGGAACAUUCUUGGCAGCUGCACAGAGGUCUAUAUCCUCAACUGGAUGGGUAAAGUGCUCCUUUGGUAAGAUUACUACCCAUUUUAAUCAACGGUUUAGUUACAACAACUCAAUGGAGAUGGGUGAUGAUGGGAAUUUGCAGAUUGUGAAUCAAACAAUUAAUUUUACUGACAGCGUUUCCUUUAGAAAGCUAACCUCUUCUGUUCAUUCAUUCAAAUCAUUCAAAAACUUUAAUAUUGGGUUGUAUUCUGACUUCUUUGAUCAAGGAAAUGGCACUUCCUUGUAUGUAACAAAUGUCACACUGGGGUUCAAUGAGAAGAAAUCAAAAGAUUCUAGUUUUGGAUUUGAUACCAGCUCUCUUAAAAAUUUGCAGAAUGCCCAGGGUGUUAUGGUUGUAAAGAACAAUUUGGUUGUCAAUGGAGUGGGAAGCACACAGCAGGUUUACAAAUAUGAUGGUGAUAAGUUCUGCUACUUCAGGAACGUAAGCAGCUCAAACUACACCAUCCUUUAUGACAAAGUAGGAAAUAAGUGCAAUAAAAAGGAACAGUCUCACUUGGGUUUUGGACUUAGCAGAUGGUGGCCACUUCCAACUCGAAGGGCUUCUCUAGCGUCUGAGUUAUUGAAUAACCAUGGAGUUUAAUGAUUUAGCUUUAUCUUGAUGCCUCAUUGGAAGAAUUUGUCUUAUUGGAUUUGCCAAGGGUUUUCCCUAGUUGGGUAAUCUGCAAUUUCAGAAAUAUUGCGUGUAUUAGUCAUUAUUGCUUUUGUACAAGAUAACUGUCUAUAUUGUACCUCUUUCUGUUUUGUCAAUAAUUUGCUUCCAGAAUAGAUUGGAGUUACUUUUCAUUUGGACAAAGGAAUAAGGUUAUUCACUGUUCUAAAAGAAAUAAUUCCCUGAACAUAAGGAAAUUUAAUAAAAGUUCUGCUUAGUUUGAACACAGAA